CAACCCAGUUGUCAUAAAUAUAUGUAUCUUUUCCUUCUGUUUCAUGAAGAAAAUUAACUUGUUUACAGCUAUGGCUAUCAUUCCUUUACUCCUACUAAUUUUCAUGCUUAACUUCUGUCCUGAGAUUGCUCAAGCUACUCAGCGCACAACUAAAAUAACCGAAAAGACCACCUUAUUAAACUACAUUGUCCAUGUCGCAAAACCAGAAGGCAGAACUUUGGCAGAGAUUGAAGAUCUCGAGAGUUGGUACCAAUCGUUCUUACCAGUUAGCACAGCAAGCUCGCAGAAGCAACAACGCAUGCUUUACGCAUACCAAAAUGUAAUGAGUGGUUUUGCAGCAAGAUUGACUCAGGAGGAAGUGAAAAGCAUGGAAGAGAAGGAUGGCUUUCUUUCAGCACGGCCUGAAAAGAUAUUACAUCUACAAACAACACAUACCCCCCGCUUCUUGGGUUUGCAUCAGGAACUGGGAUUCUGGAAAGAAUCGAAUUUUGGAAAGGGAGUGAUCAUUGGAGUGCUAGAUGGUGGAAUCUUCCCCAGGCACCCGUCAUUCAGUGAUGAAGGAAUGCCACCACCUCCUGCCACAUGGAAAGGGAGGUGCGAUUUUAACGCUUCAGACUGUAACAACAAACUCAUUGGUGCAAGGUCAUUCAAUAUUGCAGCCAAAGCCAAGAAGGGAUCAGCAGCAACUGAACCACCAAUUGAUGUAGAUGGACAUGGCACCCACACAGCAAGCACAGCUGCUGGUGCCUUUGUAAAAGAUGCUGAAGUGCUAGGAAAUGCCAGAGGCACAGCAGUUGGAAUCGCGCCUCACGCUCAUUUAGCAAUUUACAAAGUGUGCUUUGGUGACCCUGGGGACGAUUGUCCUGAAAGUGAUAUAUUAGCUGGGCUUGAUGCAGCUGUCCAGGAUGGUGUUGAUGUGCUCUCACUUUCUCUUGGUGGAGAUUCAGUUCCUUUCUUUAAUGAUACCAUUGCCAUAGGAUCAUUUGCAGCAAUUCAAAAGGGAAUAUUUGUAAGCUGUUCAGCUGGAAAUUCUGGCCCUUUCAACGGCACAUUAUCUAAUGAAGCCCCGUGGAUACUAACAGUUGGAGCAAGCACUGUAGAUAGAAGAUUUGCUGCUAUUGCAAGGCUUGGAAAUGGUGAACAAAUUGAUGGUGAAUCCCUCUCCCAACAUAGUAACUUCCCUUCAACACUAUUACCUCUAGUUUAUGCUGGCAUGAGCGGUAAACCAAAUUCCUCUUUAUGUGGUGAGGGAGCAUUAGAAGGUAUGGAUGUGAAAGGAAAAAUAGUCUUGUGCGAGAGAGGAGGGGGAAUAGGCAGAAUUGCUAAAGGGGGAGAAGUGAAAAACGCCGGCGGUGCUGCCAUGAUACUCAUGAAUGAAGAAGCCGAUGGCUUCAGCACCAACGCUGAUGUUCAUGUUCUUCCUGCAACACAUGUCAGCUUUGCUGCAGGGCUGAAGAUCAAAGCGUAUAUAAAUUCAACACAAGCACCGAUGGCAACGAUCCUAUUUAAAGGAACUGUCAUUGGAGACCCAUCAUCUCCUUUUGUUGCUUCCUUCUCAUCACGAGGCCCCAACCUGGCAAGCCCGGGAAUUCUGAAACCUGACAUCAUUGGGCCUGGAGUGAGCAUUUUAGCUGCAUGGCCAUUCCCUCUUGACAACAAUACGAACUCAAAAUCAACCUUCAACAUAAUUUCUGGCACGUCAAUGUCAUGCCCACAUCUUAGUGGCAUCGCCGCCUUGCUCAAGAGCUCUCAUCCUUACUGGUCACCUGCUGCUAUCAAAUCGGCCAUCAUGACUACUGCUGAUACCCUAAACAUGGAAGGCAAACUCAUUGUCGACCAAACACUUCAACCUGCUGACGUCUUUGCCACUGGGGCAGGCCACGUUAAUCCAUCAAGAGCAAACAACCCAGGAUUAGUUUACGACAUCCAACCUGAUGAUUACAUUCCUUACCUAUGCGGUCUGGGCUACGCAGAUAACGAAGUUAGCAUAAUUGUGCAUGAGCAAGUUAAAUGCUCAGAAAAUCCAAGCAUUCCUGAAGGUGAGCUGAACUACCCUUCAUUUGCUGUCACUUUGGGACCUUCGCAGACAUUCACAAGGACCGUGACAAACGUUGGCGAUGUAAAUUCAGCUUAUGAAGUGGGCAUCGUUUCCCCACCAGGAGUUGAUGUGACUGUCAAGCCUUCCAAACUCUACUUUUCAAAGGUGAAUCAGAAGGCAACAUACUCCGUAGCGUUCUCUCGCACUGAAUAUGGUGGCAAAACCAGUGAAACUGCUCAAGGAUACAUAGUAUGGGCGUCUGCUAAAUACACUGUUAGGAGUCCAAUUGCUGUAAGUUUCAAGUAGGAAAAGAUGCAUCUAUGGAUUCUUAUCGGUGGUAUAAAU